AUGCCUGGUGUCUACGCAGCGAUAUUCGACGAUGGCUGCUUCUUCAAGCAUUGGGCUCUCUUCGUCGACGGCCCAACCAAACUGAUCCUCAACGCGAUGGGCUCUUCAGGCCGUUUCAGAUACGAACAACGCACAGCCAACGUCCGGGAAGACGGAACCCUGCUCGAGCUCUACUACAUCUGCGAAAUAGACGAGUCCAAGGCACCAGGAGUCGCUGAUAUCGCAGCAAACGUGCCCAUACGCAAUGAUAUUCCGAGCUGGAACUGUCAGGAUUUCGUGUUUGACGUGAUGGAGGCACUCGAAGGAAUGAUUGACAUGGACGAUGGAUAUAAAAGGCGUCUUGAGACGUUGCGGUCGAAGCAGGAUGGGCUCCUUUGA